GAAAUGGGGGGAAAAGACCGAAAAAUGGGGCAAAAUGACCCAAAAAUGGGGCAAAACGAGCCCAAAAUGGGACAAAAUUAAAGGUGAAAAGGGGGAAAACGACCCCAAGUGGGGCAAAAUGAGCCAAAAGUGGAAAAAUAACCCCAAAAGUGCCCCAAAAAUGGGAGAAAAUUGGGAAUAAAAAGUGACCCCUCCCGUCUCUAUGGUUCCCCGCGCGGUGCAUUGUGGGCCGGUGGCGGCCCCCGCUGAGACCUCCGGGGCUCUCCCAGUAACUCCCAGUAACUCCCAGUUGCUUCCAGUGACCCCCAGUAACUCCCAGUGAACCUCCCAACGACCCCCCCAGCCAGGCGGGGCAAAAAUGACCCGAAACUGAGCGAAAAUGACCCAAAACAGAGCAAAAAAACCCAACCCGGAAGUGCCGUCUCUAUGAUCCCUCCCCUCGCGCGCGGUGCAUUGUGGGCCGGUGGCGGUCCCCGGCCGAGACCUCCGGGGCUCUCCCAGUCGCUCCCAGUAACUCCCAGUUGCUCCCAGUGAACCCGUAACGAUCCCUCCAGCCAGGCGGGGCAAAAAUGACCCGAAACGGAGCGAAAAUGACCCAAAACAGAGCAAAAAAAAGGACCCAAAACGGAGCGAAAAAACCCAACCCGGAAGUGCCGUCUCUAUGAUCCCUCCCCUCGCGCGCGGUGCAUUGUGGGCCGGUGGCGGCCCCCGCCGAGACCUCCGGGGCUCUCCCAGUCGCUCCCAGUAACUCCCAGUUGCUCCCAGUAGCCCCCCCCGAUGCGGGCCGUGUACCUGCUGCGCUCGGGGCACCCGCGGGGCCGCGGCCGGGCCUACGUGGGGUUCACGGUGGAGCCGCGGCGGCGCCUCCGGCAGCACAACGGGGGCAGGAGGAGGGGGGGGGCCCGGAGGACCAGCGGGGGGGGGCCCUGGGAGAUGGAGCUCUUCGUCCACGGCUUCCCCUCGGACGUGGCGGCUCUCAGGUUCGAGUGGGCGUGGCAACACCCCUCCUCCUGCCGCCGCCUGCCGGCCCCGCCCACCCGCCGGCCCCGCGAGCAGCCAAUCAGCUUCGCCCUCCGGACCUUGCCCCGCCUCCUGCGGGCCCCGCCCUGGUCCCGCCUCCCCCUGCGCCUGCGCUGGCUCCGCCCCGGGCCACGCCCACCCCUGGAGCCGGCCCCGCCCCCUCACGUGGUGGUGGAGGAGGGGGUGGGGCUUCCACUGAUGAGAAAAAAGGGGCGUGGCCGAGGGAAGGACACACCCACUCAUCAAGAGGAGGAGGCUCCGCCCACCAAAAGUUGUGACCUGUGCGGGGAGGCUUUGGCCACGCCCCCUCUGCGCUGUCCCCGCCCCCCCUGCGCCAUGGCCGCCCAUCCCCCCUGCCUGGCCCGGCUGUUCCUGCGCCCGGAGCCGCAGCAGCUCCUCCCCCUGGGGGGCACCUGCCCCAGGUGCCACACCCACCUGCUCUGGGGCGAUCUGAUUGGUCGGAGCCGGGGGGAGCGCCACGAGUGGGCGGAGCCCGAUGACGUCACCCCACCAAGCUCCGCCCCCACGUGACCACGCCCACCGCCAACAUCACGUGACCACCCAACGGGCGUGGCCUUUUUAAAACAUUUUUAAUAAAAAUUAAUUUAUUGACAAUUAAACCGAAAGGGGGCGUGGCCUCAGCAAGGCCCCGCCCCCACAAAAGCCACACCCUUUGUUUUUUCCCUCCCCCCCCCAAAUUUUUGGGGUCUCCCUUCACUUAAAACCCCUCCCUCUUAUUUUUUGGGGGGUCCCCCCCCUUUUUAGGCCACUCCCCCUUUUUUUAGACCACUCCCCUUUUUAAGCCACUCCCCUUUUUAAGCCACUCCC